AUGAGUAGAAAAAGGACAUGGAUGCCUGAAUUCUACAAAAAGAAGAAAGUAUGUACAGAAUCUCGUAACAAAGUACCUAUAACUGAUGCUAAAAGGGAAGAAGUAUCUAGAGUGCCAACUGAUACAGAGGUGUAUUUGCUGUAUUUUAAAAACUGAUUUCCAUUAGAUAAAUUUGAACAUCGACUUCCACCAAUAGUACUGAAACAUCAGUUAUACAGUUUGAACAAAAACAGAACUGUUGUUGAUAAAGAGCUGAAUGAUCUGAAAAAUAAAGGUUUGAUAAAGAUAUUUAAGAUAGGAUCUGAGUUUGAUGAAUAUGCAGUUGUGUUUACAGAAGAUUACAGAUGUCAUGUGACCCGAGUUAUGGCUGAAGUUUCUGUGCCAAAAAAUAUAGCAGAUAAAUUUGUUAACACCAUUGUGAAGAGAUGUAAUGAUGUAUAUGUAAAUAAAGAUACAUUGAUAAAAGAAUAUAACUUUAAAGAUGACGAUAUUACGCAACUUCUGAAAGCCACAGUGUUAACAAACAGAACUGUUGGUAGUUGGUGGUUAGCUGUACCCAAUACUGGAAUGUUUAUGAAAAGUUUACUGCGUGGGAGGAAAGCCAUACUAACCAUGAUUAAAAAAAGCAAAUACAAGGAAAUACUCAAAAAUGAUUUAGAACAGAGAAAAUUACCUAAAAUGUGUCGUUUAGGAUUGACAUAUCAUCUACAAGAUAUUAUUGGUGCUGAUCUGAUACUCAGGUAA